AGGACGUGCCCUUGUUUUGAAAGGACUAACCGGAAAUGCAGGGUAACUGUCGGCUGUAUGUAGCUGAAAGCUAACGUUUUGUCGCAUUUCUUCGCCGCUGUUUUCAGUCUGUCUGAUAUUUUGAUAUUUGUCUUCGUUUGAAGAGUUUGUUGUUGAAACCCCGGGUUCAAGACAUCGAACUGACUCUGCUGCUGAACUCGAUCACCUUGACUGUGCUUCUCAUCCUCCUCCUCCUCACCUUCUUCAGUCUCUCUGGGUGUGGGUGACACUGGCUCUGUGCCAGUCCUCCACAGAUGAAGAUGUCCCUGGCCCAGCGAGUGCUCCUCUCAUGGAUAUUUGCCCUGAUCUUCUUGAUCCUGCUGGUCCUCAAGCUGGACUCCAGAAUCCACUGGAAUUGGUUCCUAAUCUUCCUCCCUAUUUGGACCUUUGACAGCAUCCUCAUCCUCAUGCUGAUAGUGAAGAUGGCAGGCCGCUGCAAGCCGGACUUUGACCCCAGGGAGGGUGAGCAGAGCUUGAAGAGGAGGCUGUGGUACCUAACAGCCCUGCUGCUAAAACUGGCCUUCUGCCUGACUCUGUGCUCCCGCUUGGAGGGGCACACAAAAGUGUGGAUCAGUGUGGUCUGCAUCCCUCUGUGGGUGCUGCUGGGUGGAGCACUGAUAGAGCUGGGCUACAGCGUCUUCCACUAUAGGAGGGACUGAAAUUGCCAGAAUGUGAACUUUUUUUUCGAAAUACUCAGGCAUCUGUGACGAAGGAUGCAUCACUGAAGGAAGAUGCUGACCUUUAUUUAAAACACUGUUCCUUUGCUGUAAGUGCAGACUCACUGGGUUAGUGACAUCUACACACUGGGGCAUGUAGGCUCUGCUUCACCUUCACCUGCUUCAGGCGGCAUCAGAGUGUCAUUUUGUGACAUGUUUUUGGACACGUGUUGCUGCCUUUUAGCUCAUUUUUAGUCAUUAAUAAGGAAUGGAUUAAACUUAAGAGCCAGGUAAAAAGUCUGGCUGAUCAAACAUGUGCUACACAAAACAUUGAUCUUAGCUUUUCUACAUUAGCUGCACUCUGUCAGCAACAGUUUGAAUGUAGAUGAGAACUUCCCCCAUCUGCUAAUAUUAAACGUCAUUUGCACUGUACAAACUGCUGUAGACAUCUUUUUGAAAGCCAGGAAAAAAAAAUUUCACUGUUCAUCCUUUUGUUGGCUGUUUUACAUCAUGUUUGCAAACGAAAUACCCAGGGAGAUUUAAGAGUAAGUGCAACCUUUGCUGCAGGUCAGUAUUUAAGUCUUUUGAGCCUUCAUAGCAGGAAAAGGCUGAAUUCCAGGAUGCAGUGUGUUUGUGGUGUCUCUGGAUGAAAAAUUCAUGAUAGAAUUUCAUCAUUUUUUAAAAAUCCAGUCAUCUCAGAGUGACUGAGAUAUCUACAGCUGAUAAGUGAAGCCAAUGUCGAAGUACGUUUAACCUGCAUUCUUUUUAAUGGCCACCAGGGGGUGAUAUCUAUAUCUGUGGUUUCAAGAGCACUUCCAGUGCUAUACAAAGACUCUGUGAAAAUGAUUCUUAGACAUAACCUGUUUCAGGUUAUAUUGAAUAAAAUUGUAAAUUUUGGGCUG